CCCCCACCCCACCCCCACCUCACCGACGUCAAACACUUCAGAAAGUGUCAACGCUCAUCAACACUCGUUAUGCUGGGUUCAGACUUCCUGUGUGACUGAGGAGCUGAGAUGCCGCACAGAUUCACGCUGAGCAUCCUGGUGCAGGGGCUGACUCUGCUCCUGUUGGGCCCCGCCUGCGAGGCCUCCUCUCUGGGGCUGACGGUCCAUGUGGUGCCCCUGGACGUAGACGGAGGGAAAACGGUGCGGGCUCAUUUCAGUGCCAUCGCCCCCAGCCCCUGCCCGGCUCUGUCUGGACUGUGUGCUGCAGGGGAGGACUGUCUGCUCCACCCCACCUCCUUACCUUUCCAAGGCUCCCUGCCCUCCCCGGGCUGGUGCGUCCGCCAGUGGCAGAAAACCGUCCCCAGUAAUUACAACGCCUCCGUCACUUUAGGGUCCAACACAGAGUUUUAUGUCUCGAUGAGAGCAGGACCAAAGGUCCGAGCAAACAGUGGGAGACUCAAUCAGCCUGCUUCUGUUGCUCUCCCUCCUCCACUCAGGGCCCGCGUGAACUGCCCUCACCACUUCUACCUGUCCGUGAAAGACGUGGAUGGGGACAAGGUGCGCUGUCGCUUCGCCCGGCCCGACCAGGGAGAGUGUCUCGGCUGCGCUCGGCACUCCUUCAUAGAGCUGGAGGAGGAGAAAUGUAUGUUGACAUUCACCGGAAAAGCCCCGGCAGGGCGGUACUUCAUCCACCUGAUGGCCGAGGACCACAUCCCUGUGCCCAAGACGGUCCACAUCACAGACACCUCUCCCCUCAGCUCCGUCCCUGUGCACCUGUCUCUCACCGUGGAGGAGUCGACUUCCAGCUGCAGCGACGAACCUGUGGCGACAGGUGAGACGCCCACAGAGGACUCCACGCUGUUCGUCCUGCCGUACCAGGAGGUGAAGCUCGACGUCAACUUCAUGUCACAGCUGGAGAGUGUGUCAGAGGUGGCAGUGGUCGGCCCCCCUGAGCUCCACAGGACCGGCUUCAAGUCAGUCGGCCCCCUGUCAGCUCUGAGCAUGGCCUGGGUCCGCUCCCAAAACAACCUGACCCGCCUUCUGCCCAUCUGCUUUGCUGCAAAUACCCAGAGUUUGCAGUCGGAGCCCAGAUGCGUGUGGCUGUACCAAAGGGAAAUGAGGACGCUCCCCGCUGGAACAGAGCUGAAGUGUGAGAAGACAGAGAUGAGUCUGGUGCUUCCUGUCGCCUCCCUGAGCAACAUCAAGCUGGACGAGCUGCAGCUCAACAGCCCCACCUGUCCUGUCAGCUACAACAACACACACCUGACGGCCCGCAUCUCUCUGAGCAGCUGCGGCACCAAGACUGUGCACUCUGGCUCAGAGCUCGUUUACACCAAUACCUUGCAAAGUGUGCGUCCCUACACCGUGGUGAGCCGCCAGCCCUCCCUCAUCCUCCCUCUGGCCUGCCGGAUCCCCGGAGCACAGGUCAAGGGACCGCAGUACAAGAUCAACAUGCCCACUGAGAAGGAGACCUUCGGUGAGGUCACCUUCUGGAUAGAAUUCCACCUUCCAGGAGAGGGACCCCUCGCAAGAUUCACACGCAUCCCCAGGUUACGCUCCGUCUACAUCCCGCCAGUGCAAAUGCGUCGAGUGGUGCGAUCACCAUCGGAGAGCAACAGCAUCUUCGCCGGCUCCACUAACAGCACCUCUUCCAGCGGGGGCGUUGGGUCCAGGAUCAAACAGCUGGACCUCCAUGUGUUUUCCAACUGCAGCGUGGACCGAGCCGAGCUGGUGGUGAGCAACUGUCUUGAGUCUGAGACGGAGGACUUCGCAGUAAGCAGCCCCAUCCUGGAGCAAGGGUGUGCCACUUCCAACAGCACAUUGGAGGUCAUUUUAACACAAAGCAACUCCAAGAUUUACCGCCUCGAUUUGAGCAAACUGGAGGCCAAGGGAUCGACGAUGUACGUCCAGUGCACGGUCAACCUGUGCAUCGCCACCAUGCCUUCUCAGAAGUGCCCCGAUCUGUGCACCCGCUCCAUUAAUCACAGAAUGCUGGUGAACAGCGUUUUUACUAAAACCUACACCAUCCGCUCAGGACCCGUCAGCCUCGUUGUCACGGAGUCUGCACCGCCCACAACCGCCAACACCGCCAACACCGCCACGACCGCCACGACCGCCACAACCGCCACGACCGCCACGACCGCCACGACAUCAACUACGACUACUGCUACUACUUCUGUUACAAAUACCUCAGCCGCCCAGAACGCCACCACCUCCCAUGCUCCACAACAGGCCUCAUCCGUGGCAGCAGGAGUGAUUUUAACAACCGUCGGCGUAUUCCUUCAAAAUGUCUUUCUUUACUGAACAUGCUCCUGCAGGAUGACCUGUCACAGUGUGAAGCACUACAUUUGCCUGCUUGGGGUAUUUGAAGAUUUAAUUCCUCACAUGUUGUUUUCCCCCAUGAUUCUGCUGUGUGCGUUAAGCUUUCAAAUAAAAACCACACGUCGCUGUCAACAAAUGAUUUGCUGCACUGCGCACAGUGAACCUUCCUUAUUACUGUGUUUUAUUUCACUAGUGACGGUUAAGAUGGUAAAGGAUGUGACAUAGACAUGGGCUCAUAGAAUAAAAUAAAAUACUCUCCCUAAGUACGGCUUUAUUUUUAACUUGGCUAUGUGAGGAGACAUGACACUUAUCGUGGUCCGUGGGGACUGCGUUGCAUGUCAUUCUCCCUCUCUUCCCCCUCACUUUCUGACAGCUCAGACUUCAUUAUCCUGCACUGUGUUUUGUAUUUGUAUUUUACUAGCUAGCAGUUUCUCUGAGUAAACUGUUGAGCAGAUGCAAGCAGUAUUUUGUUUGCAGACAAUAUUGGAGGAAAGUUAUAAAGACUAAAUAACAGAAUCCAGUCAAAAUAGUUCACCGGGUUGGAUGUUCAUAACAACAGAGCAGGGGAUAAUAAAUAGCCUUUUUUUUCUAAGCUCUUAUUAGCCACUGCUGCUCACUGUUUUCAAAAUGUUUAACUUAUCACAUUGCACAUUGGAAAAACAUUUGGUGUAUUUGAAAAUCUAUAAACGUAUACUUUGACUCAAAUAUUUAAACAAGCAGACACUAAUUUGUGCAUUUUGUCUUUGACCUAAAAAAAACAGUUUGAGACUGUGAAAUGUGCUUAUGGUUAUGCGAUGUGCACCUACCUAUAUCUUUACUAUUACUAUUAAUAUCUAUUUUUUCUAUAUCAUAUUGUUUGUAUAACAUGAACUAUUA